AUGACCCAUCAUAUGUAUGAAGGUUCACAGGGCCUUGAACUGUUGAAGGCAGUUAUAGAAAAGGCUGGAUACACUGGAAAGGUGGUUAUUGGAAUGGAUGUUGCUGCUUCUGAAUUCUUCAGUGAGAAGGAUAAGACUUAUGAUCUUAAUUUCAAGGAGGAAAACAACAAUGGUUCAAACAAAAUCUCAGGUGACAGCCUGAAAGAUCUGUACAAGUCCUUUGUUUCUGAGUAUCCUAUUGUGUCCAUCGAAUACCCAUUUGAUCAGGAUGACUGGGCCACCUAUGCCAAACUCACUGCUGAGAUUGGAGAGCAAGUGCAGAUUGUAGGAGAUGAUCUUCUUGUUACUAAUCCAACCAGGGUUGCCAAGGCCAUCAGUGAUAAGACCUGCAAUGCUCUUCUGUUGAAGGUGAAUCAAAUUGGCUCGGUCACCGAGAGUAUUGAGGCUGUUAGAAUGUCCAAGCGUGCUAGAUGGGGAGUGAUGGCAAGCCACAGGAGGUAGGCAUUGCAGUGCUUUGUGCACUUUUGAAUGCUUAGUAGUCCCG